GUAACAUGGUGGCCGCUUCCUCCCCAAGCAGCGGCGGCGGCGGGGCUGGCUGCUCCUGAGGCUGCAGCAGGGGGUCUCGGCCGGGCGCGCAGCGGCUGUGGGGGAAGUACAGAGGCCACCAUGAUAGAAGACAAAGGUCCAAGAGUGGCCGACUACUUUGUAGUGGCAGGACUCACUGAUACUUCGACCUCUCUGGACCAAGAAGUAAACCGCUUUGAAACAAAGUCAGCUGGUCCAAAGGCUCCAAUUACAGACCUAGCUGUCAUCAUCAAGUCAGCUGGUGAAACGGUGCCUGAGGGUUACACCUGUGUUGAAGCCACCCCCACAGCGCUUCAAGCCAACUUGAACUAUGGGAGUCUUAAAAGUCCAGAGCUUUUUCUUUGCUACAAGAGGGGCCGGGACAAACCACCACUUACGGACGUUGGAGUUCUAUAUGAAGGGAAGGAACGUGUAAUUUUAGGCUGUGAGGUGAUCCAAGCUACUCCCUACGGUCGUUGUGCCAAUGUUAACAACAGUUCAGCUACUUCCCAACGAAUCUUUAUUACCUAUCGAAGGGCUCCUCCAGUACGGCCUCAGAAUUCCUUGGCUGUAACAGAUAUCUGUGUUAUUGUUACCAGCAAAGGAGAAACGCCUCCCCAUACGUUCUGCAAAGUUGAUAAGAACUUAAAUUGCGGCAUGUGGGGGUCCAGUGUGUACCUCUGUUAUAAGAAGUCUAUGCCGGCUUCUAACUCAAUAGCAUAUAAAGCUGGCUUAAUUUUCAGAUAUCCAGAGGAUGAUUAUGAAUCAUUCCCAUUGUCAGAAUCUGUACCUCUUUUCUGCCUUCCUAUGGGAGCCACUAUUGAAUGCUGGGAUCCUCAAACCAAAUACCCAUUACCAGUGUUUUCAACAUUUGUCCUGACUGGUUCUUCUGCAGAAAAGGUGUAUGGUGCUGCUAUUCAGUUUUAUGAGCCUUAUUCCCGGGAGCUGCUAACAGAAAAACAGUGUAUGCAGCUGGGUCUCCUGACAGCUGUGGAGAGAAAAGUGGUUACUUCCAAAUCCAUCAAUUCCAACACGUGCAUCUGCCUUCUCUCUCACUGGCCUUUCUUCGAAGCCUUUCGAAAAUUUCUUAUGUUCAUCUACAAGCUCUCUGUCUCUGGGCCUCAUCCUCUUCCAAUUGAAAAGCACAUAUCCCAUUUCAUGCACAAUAUACCUUUCCCUUCACCUCAAAGACCAAGAAUCCUUGUACAGCUUUCUGCCCAUGAUGCAUUAAUAUUGUCUCAACCAGUUUCUACACCCUUACCACUCAGUGGAGCAAACUUCAGUACUUUGCUGAUGAAUCUUGGACCAGAAAACUGUGCUACUUUGUUACUCUUUGUGUUGCUAGAAGGCAAGAUCCUGCUGCACUCUCUGAGACCAGCUGUACUGACUGGAGUAGCUGAAGCUGUAGUCGCUAUGAUAUUUCCAUUUCAGUGGCAGUGUCCAUACAUCCCCCUGUGUCCUUUGUCUCUGGCAGCAGUGCUCAGUGCUCCUGUUCCAUUUAUAGUUGGAGUUGAUUCACGAUACUUUGAUCUGUAUGAUCCACCACAGGAUGUUGUUUGCAUUGACUUAGACACAAACAUGGUAUACCUAUCGGAUGAUAAGAAGAGCGUGAACUGGAAACAGCUUCCUAAGAAGCCAUGCAAAAGUCUACUCAGCACCUUAAGGAAAUUGCAUCCACAGCUGGCGUUGGUUCACAGAAAGACCCAAGAAGGCUCUGCAGUGGAGAUGACGCCUAUAGAGGCAGAUUUCUCCUGGCAGAAGAAGAUGACAGAACUUGAGAUGGAGAUCCAAGAGGCUUUUCUACGCUUCAUGGCGUCUAUUUUAAAGGGGUACAGAACAUUCCUCAAGCCAAUUACCCAGGCACCUUCAAAUAAAACUACUGCUGCUGAUUCCUUGUUUGACCUUCAAGGAUUUUUAAAAAGUAGAGACCGUGCCUACACAAAGUUCUACAUACUUCUAACCAAAACACAAAUAUUUAGCCGCUUCAUAGAAGAGUGCAGUUUUGUGAGUGACAAGGAUACCAGCUUGGCAUUUUUUGAUGACUGCAUAGAAAAGCUUUUUCCUGAUAAAGGAACAGAAAAGGGAGAGAAGGUUGAUGUAGAUUCUGCAGAAGAUACACGCUUAAUUGAGCUUGAUGAGUCACAGAAAAGUGAACACACAGUGUUUAUAAUGCCACCAGAACCUCCCCCUGAUGAUGGACAGGCCCGAGCACCUAAGUACAGCUAUAAAAACUUCCCAAGACUAGAUUUUAAGCUCUUCGACAGGCCACAGGAGCUCAAGCUUUCAUUCAACAGGCACCCAGCUGGAGGUAACAUUUCAAAUAGUCCAGCACUCAUGGCAAAGAGGACAAAACAGGAGAUAAAAACUGCCCAUAAAUUAGCCAAGAAGUAUUACACAAACCCACCACUGUGGGCUAAGUGCCUCUUUAGUCACUGUUAUAGCCUAUGGUUCAUUUGUCUGCCAGCCUACAUCAGAGUUUCCCAUCCCAAAGUCAGAGCACUGCAACAGGCAUAUGACAUUCUUAUUAAAAUGAGGAAAACCGAUGUGGAACCACUAGAUGAGGUGUGCUAUAGAGUUGUAAUGCAGCUCUGCGGACUUUGUGGUCAUCCUGUUCAGGCUGUGAGAGUCCUGUUUGAAAUGAAAAAUGCUGGAGUACAGCCGAAUGCAAUCACCUAUGGUUAUUACAACAAGGCAGUUUUGGAAAGUCAUUGGCCUAGCAGUAACCGCAGUGGUAUCUUUCUGUGGACGAAGGUACAGAAUGUGGUCCGUGGUGUAGCACAAUUUAGGCAAUGCCUAAAAAAAGCAACAAGGAGCUCACAGGUGUCUGUGAUAUCAGCUCCUCGGAAUGCCACGGGUGGAAGUGAUGGGGACACGGUGAGCCAUGGUAGCGUGGAUAGUUCUAAUGAUGCUAACAGUGGGGAGCACACACUCUUCGUCAGAGACUUAGUCAGGCUUGAUUCCAUUGAUAAUCACUCUAGCACAGGGGGUCAGUCAGACCAAGGCUAUGGAUCCAAGGAUGAACUCAUAAGGGAUGAUGGAGAUAAUCUUCUUGCAGCUGAGACACUAGCAGAAAAAGAUUCUUCUUGUAUAAUGGAAGACCUAACAGGAGUUGGUGGUACUGGUGAAAAGCAUCAGCAGAGUGCAGAACCUCAUAGUUCAGCAGAACCACCUGCUUGGGGAAGCAGUAUUGUGAAAGUUCCAUCUGGCAUUUUUGAUAGCACUGGCAGGAAAAACAGCAGUGGAACUGCAUCUAGCCCACUCUUUAUAACUCAGGAUCCAGUUGAAGAUUCAGUCUUUCAUGAUGCUUCUCCCAAGAAAACAGGUGAAAAAGGGCAGAAGAGACAAAAGCUCUUUUCAGAGAGGAGCUGCAGUUUUAGCACUGAAAGCAGAGCAGGUAUGCUGCUGAAGAAAGGCAGUUUGGACUUGAACUCUAGUGAAAUAGCAAUAAUGAUGGGAGCAGAUGCCAAGAUCCUCACAGCAGCUUUAUCCGGGGCCAAAACUUCACCCCCUCACACUAGUAAAUCCAGUAGCUUUGACGGUAUGGGUGACCAGCAGGUCUCUGGGCUGAGUGGCACCAGGACUCAUGUGAGCGAAGGUGCUCAGGAACUAGAGCUUAAGUCUUCACCAGUGCUGGAGGAGCCUGAGGAAGGGCAAGAGUACCUUGAGAACGGAGGUGAGGACAGUGCAACCAGAGCUGAAAACGUUCAUGCCAAACUUCUGGAUGGUAAUCAGCCCCCAAACCAGAAAACAGAUGCCAGAGAUGCAGUGACUAAAAGGAAUAGCUUCUAUGGAGUGAUUAAGCCUGUUGAAAGGGAAGAUGUUGAAGUGGGCUUGGACCCUUUAUCUUUGCUGGCUACGGAGAGUAUAGAACCAAAACCCUCAGAGCCUGAAGAAAAGAUUGUGUCACCAGUUGUAGCACGUAAUCUGGCAGAUGAAAUAGAAAGCUAUAUGAAUCUAAAGAGCCCCCUGGGUAGCAAGUCUUCCAGCAUGGAACUUCACAGGCAAGAGAGCAGAGAAGCAGCAGCCCCUAGUACACUUAGUUGCUCCCAAGAGAGGAGAUCAAGCUUACCUUCAGAUUCUGUCCCACCAGCCCCAGAGAAGAGUGAAAAUCGGAAAAGUCCUUUAGUUUCCAGGUCUAAAACCUUUACGGGGCGACCAAAGCAUCAAACCCAUUCACGAGUUCAAAAGGAGCGGCCUCCAUCAUUAAGGGUGUUGGGUCGCUCUUCACAGCAUGGCUCAUUGGGGUCUGUGGUAACAAGUUUAUCCAAUCUGAAGCUAGACAAUAUACUCUCUGGACCGAAAAUAGAUGUUCUGAAGUCUGGAAUGAAACAAGCAGCUAAUGUAGCCAGUAGGAUGUGGGGCUCUGUAACCUCACAAUAUAACUACUCGGAUGAUGAGGAAGAAACCCAUCGACCAGACUUCACCUUUCCUCCUGGUUUUGAAGAUCAUAUCUUAGGAGACAAUCUGUCAUCAAAACCAGGAAUCCCUGGGUUAGUAACCAGUGAACUCACACAAAGCACUACCAGUCUUGGCAGCAGCAACAGCAGCGGAGAUGUAGGGAAACAGCACUACACAACAGGUGAGGUUUCGUUCCCAAGAAGUAUGAAAGGUCUGGAUUCUGAGAAGUCAGAACAUGGAUCCUCCCACAAUACCAGUUUGUCCAGCAUCUUCCAGAACUGUGCAAUGGAGGUCCUGAUGUCAAGCUGUUCUCAGUGCAGAGUUUGUGGAGCAUUGGUUUAUGAUGAAGAAAUUAUGGCUGGAUGGGCUGCAGAUGACUCUAACUUGAACACCACAUGUCCAUUUUGUAAAAACACCUUCUUACCUCUUCUUAAUGUGGAGUUUAAAGACUUGCGUGGAUCUGCGAGCUUUUUUCUGAAACAAAGUACAUCUGGAGAUAGUUUACAUAGUGGAAAUAUUCCAUUAACCACUGAUCCUCUGGAGCAGAAACCUGUGUCCAGUCCUGCUGUUGCUGAUUUGAUCAGUUUUUCAGAUCACCUAAAGUCCAACCAGACCAUAGCUGAAGAAACCAGCUCUGCAACUGAGCAAAGUGAUGUGCCAGAAGAACAGAGUGAGGGCCCCACGGCUAUGAAGACAUCUGUUAUCAAUUCAUCAAAACGAGGAGCAUCUUUGACUCGGAGCCACAGUGUCGGAGGCCCUCUGCAAAAUAUUGAUCUCACACACAGACCAUCUCAUGGCAUUUCAACAGUUAGUCUUCCAAAUAGCUUGCAAGAAGUUGUGGAUCCUUUAGGGAAAAGGCCCAACCCUCUCCCUCUGUCUGUGCCCUACUUGAGCCCUCUGGUGCUACGUAAAGAGCUUGAAUCCUUGUUAGAGAACGAGGGGGAACAAGUGAUUCAUACAUCCACAUUUAUCAACCAACAUCCCAUCAUUUUCUGGAACCUAGUUUGGUAUUUCCGGCGCUUGGAUCUACCUAGCAACUUGCCAGGACUCAUUCUGACGUCGGAACACUGUAAUGGCGGGGUGCAGCUUCCUUUGUCAUCUCUGUCUCAAGACAGUAAGUUAGUAUACAUCCAGCUAUUGUGGGACAACAUCAACCUUCACCAAGAGCCUGGAGAGCCUCUAUAUAUAACUUGGAGAAAUCUUAAUUCAGUGGAGAAGAAAUCAUCCAUAGCUUCAGAAGAUCAGCAGGCAACAAGCACUUUAGUGGAGAACAUCAAACUGAGCAUUCAACACAACAAUGUUGUUGAACCAAUCAACCUCCUUCUGCAGAAAGUUAAACCAGACAUCAAACGACAAAGGAGUUUUUAUAGAGAAAUCCUUUUCCUGUCUUUGGUGUCUCUUGGGAGAGAGAACAUUGACAUUGAGGCCUUUGACAGUGAGUACAGACUUGCAUAUAAAAGUCUAACGACAGAGGUGCUUGAGAAAAUGCAGAAAAUAGAUGCACCGCCAAGCAGCAGUGUGGAGUGGUGCAGGAAAUGCUUUGGAGCACCUGUCAUAUAAAAAUGCGGGAAGAGGUGAUGGAACUUCACGAAACAGAAAGAGGUGGGACAAAAACUGAGAAUAUGUAGAUUUGGAUUCAAGUUCCUAAAAGAAGACUAAAUCCAGCAAGUUAUAUCCAGAUCAAAUCUCUCUUUGGGACGAGUUCUAAUUUUUGAUUUUGUCAUCUCAAGAAAUAGUGUAAAGUGCUAUAAAAUACCUUAAAACUUCUUAAUACCAAGGAUAUUCAGUUCUUGAAUGGCUUAUCUGCCUUAACUUUAUUUUUCUGUAUAUAUUUUGUUUCUUGCUUGUCCGCCAUCUUCAGCAUCAAGUGGUUGAGAAGGGAGAUGGUGGUUCAAUAAGCAUUUAGUUGGUGGCUUUCUUAAGGACCAUCAAUACUGGGAUAUUUUAUAAGUGUAUGUUUUGGAUUGCCUUUCUAGCCCAGAAGCAUGUUAAGUGCACUGGUAAAGAGGGAUCUGUUUGUUGCAUAUGGGUGCAGCAUGUGUGUACAUAUUUAUGGAACCCUUAAAUUGCGACUUGCAAUGCAGCUAUUUUAGACUGGUCACAAUACCAAACAAUAGCUUUAGUUAUUACCUCUCUUUUUGACAGUAGUCCCUGUCCUGGUUAAUAAUCUGAACAUCUAUUGACUGACGACAACCUUCCAUUUUGGCUAUAUUAUAAAACUUUAGCUUUUCUCUAUUCAGUGUCCUGCUACAUGAAAUUAGAUAUACUCUGAUUAUAUUGCUUUGUUCUCCCAAACAAUGAUGGGCUUCUGCCCUGAGCAGCUAGGAGAUGGGUGUCUUUCUGCAAGCUACAGAGAUAGUUUAAUGAAACUAGGGUGCACAAAGGUUUUGACAUAAACAAAUAUUGACCAGAAAUUAAGAUUCCCCCCCUCCCCCCCCCC